AUGGAUAAAAAGAGAAAGUAUUCAGAUAACUAUUUAAAAUUUGGAUUUUGUGCUAUUGUCAAUAAUGGCAUAGAAAAGCCCCAAUGUGUUUUAUGUAAUGCAGUUCUUAGUGCCGAGUCUAUGAAACCUUCAAAGCUCAAACGGCACUUGGAAACAAAGCACCCGGAACAUGUUACAAAAGACUUGGACUUUUUUAAACGACAUGAAAGUAACUUAAAACGCCAAAAACUGGACCUCAGUGGAAGCUUUCAGCAACAAAACCAAGCGAAUGUUCAAGCAUCGUAUGAAAUUGCUCUCGAAGUUGCUAAAAAUAAAAAACCUCACACAAUUGCCGAAUCGCUCAUUAAGCCAUGCCUUAAGUUGAUUCUUGGAGACGCGUCCGAGAUGAAAAUGCGUAAUAUAUCUUUGUCCAACAACACAAUUCAAAGGCGCAUUGCAGAUAUGUCAGCAGAUGUGCGAGAGCAAAUUUUAAGCGAAAUAAGAGAGUCCCCUCUCUUUUCUUUACAACUGGAUGAAUCUACAGAUGUUAGUUCCUGUUCCCAGUUACUUGUUUUCGCUAAAUAUAUUCAUUUGGAUGACAUUAAAGAAGAAUUUUUGUUUUGUGCACCCCUAAAAACUACAACGAAGAGUGAAGACGUCAUGAAUAUGAUACGUACGUCUUUGAAACACAUCAUUUAG